AUGAAAUAUUUAUUGUAUUGCGUUGUUUUCACUUUAGUCCUUGUAAGUUGCUUCGGACAAGCUACCCAGGAUUUGGAAGAAGGCUUACGUCCUCUGGCACGGAAUAUUCGGCAAGCUGAACCAAAACCCCCCGAAAUGCCUGAGCCGCCAGAAUUCCCGGAAAUGAAGAUGGUUAACCAGAUACGGGAACGCAGAGCAGCUAAGGGUGUAAGUGGAUCCUUGCCAACAAGAAAAGGGUAA